CAAAGGCAUUCUUAGUGUUCGUUUUGUUUGUCUUGGAUUAAUUUCACUGUCCCCAUGGCGCAGUAAUUGUCAAACAAUAGGUAAUUGUUGUUCGCUUGAAUGAUAACAAGCCGACUUAACAACAUUCCAACACAAUGCCCGAAUCAAAGAUCAAAAUACUUCAAAAAAUGUGCUGUCUUAUGGAAAAGUGAACUUGUUUCUUCUACAUAGACUUAUUUAAAAUUCUUGAAAUCAAGAUGUUUAUCACUGUUAGAUUUGGAGGUAGGAAAUAUGCAAAUUGACGUGAUUUUUAGUCAACCUGACGAAAUUUCCUCGUCAGUGUUUCGACAUAAUGUAGAUAUUAUUCACUCAAUGACUCAUCCUUUUUAUAUGUUUAGAUUGUCAAGAAGCUCUCUUCAACCCAAACUGUAUGACAAAGGUUCUUCUAGAGGACAUAAAGAAGAGAUGUCGUCGAGAUAGAGAAGGUGUUUAAAGAUUUGGUUGAGUUUUCCGCGUGUGCUUGCCCACUUGUAUUAUAUUGACUUUGGCGAGUUGUUUGAUGAUUAACUGUUUGCUUGUUGUUUAAUGCUCUACACGGGUUUGUUUUUCAGAAGUAAUUGACUUGUCAGAUGAGUCAGGUAAUCUAAAAAAUUUGCUUGAACAUAAAGGAGAUUAUGCGACACAACAUUUAAAAGCAAGGCAUUCAUUUAUACUCAUCAAAGUUGACAGUAAGUGUCCAGUAAUAUCAUACCAUAAACAUAUCAUGGUUAUGAUAUUUGCCCCAUAUACAUUUUCUUUUCAAGAAACUUUAUCUUCUUUUACAUCACUCAUCUGACCACACACAAGCUAAUAUAGAGAUUUACUAGGAAUAAAAUAUUGAUUAAUUCAUGUGGUGCUUUAUUUGUUAAAUUAUUUAUGCAGUUAUUUAUUUAUUUAUUCAAUUAAAUUUUAUCCAUCGAGGACUUGGACAGCUACAUUAUAGAAUAGAACUAUGGUUGAAAGGGUUGCUCAAAAUACUCAGUGUUUUUGAUGGACCACUAAAUCCUCCAUGCAGAUUGUCUUUUUUUUCUCUUGUGAAACAGUAGGAGAAUUUAACAUUGAAUCAAAAGUUGACUGAAAGCUUUAUUCCUUACACUACUUCAUAUGACUUGAGGCCAUUAAACUAUCAAUAAGCAGCAGAUAUUAUUCACUUAUCCUUGUUUGAGAUGUAGUGCCCGCUAUUAAAGUUGUUGAAAACUAGGAAUAUGACCGGAAGGAAAAUGAAUCCCCAGCUCUUGAAUUUAAUGCUUUGCUUAGGAAAACUUAAACAAGUAAUAAUUUAGUGUAAGUUAGGUACCCAUUUAUGCCCCUGGGUGUAGAGAGUCACUCUGUGAGGAAAGUGUCUCGUAGAAGAAAACAAUAUUUUGACCUUGGUUAAGGUUUGAAUUUGGACCAUGUGAUCCAAUAACUGGGUAAUUUAGUACAAUUAUUAACUGAGUUGAUAAUGAAGAAAGUUGAUGAUAAAAAGCUAAUGUUUCAAGUGUCAGCUCUUCAUCAUCAACUCUCUUCAUUAUCGACUCAGUUAAUAAUACUAAAUUACCUUAUUAUACUCUUCCACUGAAGCAGUAGCACAGUUUUUAAGAAACUCACUCCCUUUAUCCUAUAGCUGCUAGGUGAUUGACACUUACAUGAUUAUGCAAUACAUUUUGCUUUUUCCUUUAAUUUUCUUUUUUUUACUUUUUUGUUUUUGUCUCAAGGAAAAGAAGGAGAAGAAACGUACACUCCCUUACUAAAUGACAUCAAGACAAUAACAUCAUCUUUUCUGCGUAAGUCCUUCUGUGCUUUAUUGCUUAUUACAAACAGAGAUUGAUUGUUUCAUUGACCCUGUCCUCUGAAAAUCUAAAUCUAAAUAAUUUCUAAAAAACAUCUGCUAGGCAUUUCUUAUGUUCUAUGGAACCAGGAACUUGGUGUUGAAUAAACAAUUUUCCCUAAUUUUUAUUUUUCUGUUUUCCUUUUAUCUUUCUACUUGAAAGUGUGCUGGUAUUUUUGCAGGAAAUUUCUUAUGGUCAAUCCUGGCAGUUAAGGGGUUACUAUAUUGAAUACUCAAUGACAGCAGAAAGUAACUCAGUUCACUUACUAGUUACAUUUCCUCUGUAGCUAGGAUUAGAUAGUCAAGGCCAAGUUAUCCAAAACUGCGUCAACAUAUUUCCAGUUUCUUUGUGAUUUAGUGACUAAGAUUAGAUCUCUUCAUCUUGACUGAGAUGUUGCUUGAUUGCAGGUAACCUAAUACCAUUUUCUAAGGUUUCCACUUAUACUUCCAAGAGGAAACAGGCACUGUAAGAGUUAAAUGUCUUACCCAAUGACAUAGAACCAUGACAGGGCUGGGCUUGUAUCAUGAUUGGUCAAUGUGGAGUUCAGCAGGCUAGCAGUAAGCCACCUUCUCCCCCUUCUGCUAUACCUCCAGUUAAGAGUCUGUGAGCCUCUAGAGUUUCUUUAAAAAACAUUGAAAAAAAGAGUGCUAUCCUGGCUUUAGGUUUGAGAAAUAAUCUCUUCAGCAGUUAUGUUUUUGUUCUCAGAACAUCUCAGCAGGCCUCAAAGCAGCCAAAGUACUGUCUCACCACCAAGUCGCCAGGGUAGGCGCAAGUCAAGUGCUAAUUGGACAAAAGCUAGAACAAGUUUAGCUUUGAGUGGCGACCUUAGAAAGAGAUCAAGAGUCAGGAAAUGAGCAUGGAACUGACAGCAUCAGCGAGUGAAUAAGACGUUGGAUCAUAAUACAGUUAUAGCUCACCUUCAGCAUUUUUUUUCUGAUUCAAAUUUUCUUUUAUUCUUUUAAAGUUGACUCUUCUGAGCACAUAUUUAUGCCUCCCAUGGAAAAAGCCCUUGUAAACUUCCCUGAAACUCAAUAUUUGCAUAAAUUAUAUUUUUAAUUCAAAGAUUUUUUCAUUCUUUUAAAGUUGAAUCUUCUAAGCAGAUAUUAUAUUUAUGUCUCCCAUGGAAAGAGCACUUGUAAACUUCCAUGAAACUCAGUAUUUACAAAAAUGACAUUUUUGAUAUUGUUAAUAGCACAGACACACACCUCCAUAUCUAACACAUUAGUCAUGCAGAUGAGGGCUUCUUAGCAACUGCCCACCUACCCCUCCCCUAACCCAACAACAGUCAAGGGGUAGGUGUGAAGUUUCUCAGAUAUUGACAUCUAUGUCAGAUAAGUAUAUUGUAAUAAUGCUACUGUUACAUAAUAUGGAAAAGUGUUCUGGUAAACUGUCAUAUCACAUCCUUCAGCAUUUCAAAAGGAAAAUAACAAUUGUCGAUUGUGUAUCCUGAAUAUAAACUCUCAAACUCUCUUGGUCAAAAUUUCAUUUUUUCCAAAAUUAACAUACACUCUUACAUUUCCA